AUGCACACCAAGACAAUCACCGCCGUAUCCGCGCUUGCGCUGACGACUUCAGCAGGACUCGCGCAAACAUCCACAUGGAACCUGACGACCGAUGGGUUCUGGUCCGUCCCCACCAACUGGACGCCGGCAACAGCGCCGAUCAACAUGACCAACGACGCGUUCAUCCCCAAUAACGGGACAUACACCAUCACUGUCGGAGGAAACUACUCAACCGACGACAUCACCAAUGACAAUCCAAACGCAACAAUCUCGCUCAAUGUCAGCCGUCAGCACGAAAUCUACGGCAACCUGGACAACGACGGUACCUAUAUCGUAAACACCAGCGCCGGCGCCGCACAGACCUCACUCUUCUGGAGAGACAGCGCCAGCAUCCUCGGAUCUGGAUCCAUCCUGCUCAACGGAUUCUCGACGCGCGCUCGUCUCGUUGUUGACAGCGGCGCCACGCUGACCAACGGCGCGAGCCAUACCAUCGAGGGAUUUGGCCAGAUCUUUGGAGACUUUAUCAACAACGGCACCAUCGUAGCGAACAAUCCAUUCAACACACUCGACUUCCGCUUUGGUAAUGUCACCAACAACAGCGUCAUCGGUGCAAACAACGACGGUAUUCUCCAGCUCAACUUCGACACACUGCUCAUCAACCAGAGCGCCUCUGGAGUGAUCCGUGCUGAAGGAGCAACUGUCAACAUUCUUGACGCGACCAUUACGGGAGGAACAGUCGAAGGAAUCAACGGCGGUACAGUUGUUUCCAACAACGCGCCUGUGUUCGACGAUCUUUCAGUAAACGGGAAUGUGCAUAUUCCAGCUGGGAGAACCCUCAACCUUUCGGACACAAUCACCAACAACGGCGAGAUCUUGGUGAACCCAACCAACGGAGCCGCGGCAACCACUCUGGACGCGGACAACAAUGUCAUGCUUACGGGAUCAGGUCUGGUCCGACUCAACGGCUUCACAACACGCGCCCAGAUCACCACAGCUGGAGGCGGGAUCAUCACCAAUGACACCGAUCACACCAUCGCAGGAUUUGGUCGAGUCUUUGGGUCAAUUGUUAACAACGGGACGAUCUCGUCCGACAUCGCCGGACAGAACAUGCUCGUCGUCGCGCUCGACAAAACAAACAACAGCGUGAUGUCCGCAGACGGUGGGACGAUCGAACUCAACAGCUUCACGCUCGACCAGACCGGAGGUGGAACCCUCGCGGCAACUACGAGCAACAUUAUCUACAACGCCGUUACGAUUCUCGGCGGGACACUCACCAGCAGCACAGGGGUGCACACCUGCAACUCAAUCUCACGACUCGACGGUGUCACCAACCUCGGUGAGUUCCAAGUCCAAGCAGGAGACACCAUCGAGAUCAACAACUCGAUCCUCAACAACAGCGAGAUCAUUGUCAAUCCCACAAACGGCGCCGCUCAAACAAAUAUCCACUUUACAAACUCCGGCGCCUUCAAUGGAACAGGGAUGCUCACGCUCAACGGCUUCUCUACACGAUCUCAACUCACUGCAGAAGCCGGCGUAUUGGUCACAAACAGCGCCGAUCACACGAUCCAUGGCUUUGGACGGAUCAUCACGCCGGUCAUCAACGACGGACUGAUCGAUGCAGAUGCCGCGGGACAAGAACUCCUGAUUACCGCAUCGAUCCAGAACAACAACACUAUCCGUUCAAGCAAUGGGGCAAUACUUGAAAUCACGACUGGAUCGGAUGUGCUACAAGCAUCGGGAGCAGAGAUCGAAGCGAAUGAGGGUGAAGUAGAGCUCCAGAACACCACCAUCAUCGGAGGAUCCCUCGAAUCCACUGGAUCUGGCGCAUUCAAUGUCCAAGGCGGAUCGAGCCGACUCAUCAGCGUCACCAACAACGCAUCGGUCGUCGUUGAACCGGGACAGACACUUGAACUCAGCGGCACGCAUACAAACAACUCGGUACUCGAUCUCAACCCAACCAACGGAGCCGCGGUCACAUCACUGGAAAUCCAGAACGACCUGACCAUUGAAGGACCGGGCGAGCUGAACCUCAGCGGAUUGACCACGCGCGCCCAGAUCACCAGUGUGACCGGUAUGGAGGUCUUCACCAACAGCGCGAACCACACCAUCACUGGGAUCGGACGCAUCGCGACUCCGCUCGUCAACGACGGCACCAUCGCACCGGGACUCUCCGCAGGGAUUCUCAAUGCAACCAGCCCGAUCACGCUCGGAGAUACCAGCGUCCUCGAGGUUGAAGUCGCUGGACUCACGAUCAAUGACCUCAUCGACUCAACAUCGAGCUUCCACGCCGACGGCACGCUCGACCUCUCGCUUAUCGAUGGGUUCACUCCAACCGAAUCGUGGGUCGUCACCAUCGUCACCGCCGACGCUGGGGUCACAGGAACAUUCGAUACGCUCAUCGCGCCACUGCCUGCUGAUCCACGCUUGAGCUAUAAGAUCGGGUACUUCGACAACGAGAUACGCGUCGGCGCGGUCUGCGAUACCGACUUUGACUUCUCCGGAGGUCUCAACUUCCUUGAUGUCUCGAUCUUCCUCAGUCUCUACGGCGAUAUGAAUCCGAUCGCGGAUAUCAACAACGACGGCAACUUCAACUUCCUCGAUAUCUCCGCGUUCCUCGCGAGCUACGGGCAGAGCACAGCGCUCGGACAGAACAUCGACUGGGUCAAUCCCGCCGGUGGACUCUGGAAUGUCCCAACGAACUGGUCGCCGAUGACUGUGCCAAGCAUGAGCACAGAAACUGCGGAGUUCAACAUCGGAGGGACUUACACCACCACCCUCAAUGUCUCUGCGACAGGAUUGGGUUCUGUUGAUAUCCAAGACACUGGAUGCACACUCAGCAUGAAUGCCGGGACUGGACUCGGACUCCAAGGCGGCAUGGUCAAUAACGGCACUGUCUUUGUCAACAACACCAGCGGUGGGUUCACGACCAGCGUCACAUUCAAUAACUCCGCAGCGCUCACCGGCACCGGUGCUCUCACACUCAAUGGGUUCAGCACUCGUGCUUCAUUGGUCUCAGGAGCAGGCGCCACCGUUUCACACGGAACCGAUCACACCGUGAACGGCUUCGGACGCAUCGUCGGGGACUUCCUCAACGACGGCACCGUCAGCGCCAACAUCAGCGGACAAACACUCGAUGUUCUGAGCGGCACCUGGACAAACAACAAUCGUAUAGAAGUCGUGAACAACGCAACAAUGUUCAUGAACAAUGUCGCAAUCGGACAAGGUGUGAGCGGGGAAAUCAGCGUUGACGAUGGCCAACUGAACAUGUCAACGAUCAGCAUCGCGGACGGAACGAUCCAGUCCAUGCCUGGAUUCAACUGGGCAUUCACAGGAGGCGUCAACUCGUUCAACAAUGUACACGCAAUCGGAAACGGGAAUGUCAAUCCCGGCGUGACGCUCCAAGUCAUCAACACGAUGACGAACGACGCAAACCUGAGCAUCAAUCCAUCCAACGCGGGCUUUGUGACUGUUGCGGAGUUCCAGAACAUAUCGACACUCAACGGCACGGGCACACUCGCGCUCGAUGGAGUAGGAACCAGAUCGAUCCUCCGAACCUCUGAUCCGUCUCACACACUCACACAAGCAUCAACGCACACGAUCCGCGGGAUAGGUACCAUCCAAGCCCCACUAAUCAACAACGGUGUAGUGAGUGCUGAUGUAGCCGGACAGGUCUUGUUGUUGAGCACCAAUAACAAAGUCAACAACAGCAUCUUCGAGAUUACCAACAACGCGAUCAUGAAUAUCUCGAGCAUCACCAUCAACCAAACCGGUGGAGGACAGUUCAAUAUCGACAACGGCACCCUGAACAUCAGCUCUUCCACCAUCAAUGACGGGAUCAUCAACGCGACAACAGGCGCUACAAACCUCACCGCAGGAACAAACAACUUUGACAGCGUCGUGCUCAACUCGCCCCUCAAUAUCAACCCCGGCGUAGCUCUAGUUGCAACCAACACACUCAUCAACAACGACGAUCUCACCAUCAACCCAUCAAAUGCGGGAUUCAUAACCUCCCUCCAGUUCCCAGUCUCCACAGUCCUGUCUGGAUCUGGACAAACAUUGAUGCGUGGCACAGGAACCAGAUCACAGAUCACCACUGGAGCCGGAGAAACACUCGGUCUCGCAUCAGGACACGCCAUCCGAGGAUUCGGGCAGAUUCAUGCAUCUCUGAUCAACAACGGAACGAUCGACGCUGACACCAAUGGGCAAACACUGAGCUUGCUGACUAAUGACAAGGUGAACAACAACACCAUCUCCAUACAACCUGGAGCGAACAUCACCAUCUCUACAAUCACACUCGAUCAAGACCCUGCCGCGCAGAUCAAUGUCGGCGACGGAACACUGACGCUUUCCUCCGCAAACAUCAACAACGGCACAAUCAACGCCGCAAGCGGUGCAGUCACCCAAUCAUCAGGUGUUACCAACUUCGAUCAGCUGACACUCAACGCUCCACUGAAUGUGAACCCCGGAACCACAGUCGGGAUCACCAAUGGUCUGCUGAGUAACGACAUGAUCACCAUCAACCCAUCAAACGCCGGCUUUGUGACCGCUCUCGUAUUCAACGACUCAACCACGCUCGGAGGAACCGGAACAACACGACUCAUGGGGACGACAAAUCGCUCACAACUCAAUACCGCAAUGGGUGAAACGGUCACCAUCGGCGCAUCACACACCGUGCAAGGCAUCGGUCAGAUCAACGCGUCUCUGAUCAACAACGGUCUCAUCGAAACAGGCUCAGGAACACUGACGCUCCAAUCGAAUAACAAGAUCAAUAACACCCUGAUCCAAGUGAAUCCAGCUGAAGGACUUCAGAUCUCAAGCAUUGAGAUCGAUCAAACCGGAGGGGGUCAGAUCCUCAACAACGACGGAUUGGUCACACUCAGCAGCGCCACGAUCAACGGCGGCACAAUGGACGCACUCUUCGGAGGGUCCACAACACUCAACACCGGAAUCUCCACCUUCCAGGACAUGACCAAUCUUUCACCAGUCACAAUCAACCCAGGUGUCAACCUCGCGAUCGUCGGCACCGUCACCAACCACAACACGAUCAACAUCAACCCAACGAACAGUGGGUUCGUCACCGCAGUCACCUCAGCCGCUCCAGCAACAAUCGAUGGCAUGGGCGAGAUCCGUCUUACCGGGACAACAAACAGAUCUCAGAUCACUGGUGCCGGACUCACCAUCGGAGCAGAUCAAACGAUCACAGGUCGUGGUCAGAUCAACGCGCCGCUCAACAUGAACGGCACCAUCGCGCCGGGACUCUCCGUCGGUGAGAUCGAAGCAAGCCAACCCAUCACCCUCUCGGACUCGAGUGUGUACGAAGUCGAAGUCUCGGACUUCGGAGUCAACGACAUCAUCGACUCCGGCUCAACCUUCCACGCCGACGGCACACUCGAUCUAUCACUCAUCGAAGGAUUCGAUCCAGAAGUCUCAUGGGUCGCGACAAUCGUCACUGCAGAUGGUGGUGUGACAGGAACAUUCGACACGCUCAUCGCACCAGCAACCGGUGAUCCUCGACUGAGUUACAAGGUCGGAUACUUCGAGAACGAAAUCCGCGUCGGCGCAGUCUGUGAUACCGACUUCGACUUCUCAGGAGGUCUCAACUUCCUCGAUGUCUCUAUCUUCCUCGGCCUCUAUGCCGACAUGGACCCGAUCGCGGAUAUCACGGGCGAAGGUCAGUUCAACUUCCUCGACAUCUCCGCGUUCCUCGCGAGCUACGGACAGAGCUGUCCAUAA